AUGGAAAACAGCACUGACAUCACCACAGUGUCGGACACUGUGGGAACAACCAAUCAAGCACCAGGACUCAUGGAUAACAGCCACUCAGAGACGUGUAAAACGGUGAGGAUUGUGCUGGUGGGGAAGACCGGUGUAGGAAAGAGCACUUCAUAUCAGCAAGGUUUCAGAUGUAACUGUGACGUGUCUAAUUCCACAGACUCAGAGACGCAUGAAGCGGUGAGGAUUGUGCUGGUGGGGAAGACCGGUGUAGGAAAGAGCGCUUCAGGAAACACCAUCCUGGGGAGGGAAGAGUUUGACUCAGAGGUCAACCCUUCGUCCAUAACGGCACAAUGUGCAAAGCAACGAGGCGAAGUGGACGGCAGAGAACUGUUUGUGAUCGACACUCCAGGCCUGUUUGACACAAACUACAGUGAAGACGAUAUCCGACGGGAGAUUGGAACGUGUGUCUCUCUGGCCUCUCCGGGCCCCCACGCGUUUCUGGUGACCAUCCAGCUGGGCAGAUUCACACAGGAGGAACAAGCAACCGUUAAGUUGAUUCAGAAGAUCUUUGGGGAAAAAUCAGCCAAUUACACAAUGGUACUCUUCUCUCAUGGAGACAGAUUGAAGAGAAAAACGAUUGAAGAGUUUAUAAGUCAGAGUCAAGAACUUGCUGAUUUCACUGCUCAGUGCCGUGGAGGAUACCACGUCUUUAACAACGAGGACCCAGAGAAUCACACUCAAGUCACAGAGCUGCUGCAGAAGAUUGAUAAGAUGGUGGCAAUGAAUGGAGGAGGCUACUACACCACCGAGAUGUUCCAGCUCGCUGAAGCCGAGAUCGAGAAAGAGAAGGAGAGGAUCCUGAGGGAGGCUGAAGAGGAGGAAGAUAGUGAGAUUAAGGAGCUGAAGAAAGAGUUUAAGGAGAAAGAAAUGUUGCAUAACAUUUUGGAAAACGAGAGAAAAGAGCGUGAGAAAGAUGGGAAAACGGAAGACAGAAGUGUUAGAAAGAAAGAGAAGAGUGCUAGACAGAAAGCAGAGCUGAACAAUUCCUUUGUGCAGCAAUGCUCCCGCUACGGUGCACACCUCGGUGGAGUAUGUGGUGGCUUGAUAGGAGUCGUGUUGGGGCCACCAGGUAUCAUAAUAGGGGCGGUCAUUGGAGCAGGGAGAGGAGCCGGGAUCGGAGCCGGAAUAGGGGCCGGAAUUGAAGGAGGUCCUGGAGCAGAUGGGGUUAAAUGCGUCAUCCAGUGA